GACAUACUCGUAGUACUUCUGCGCCAUCCUAGGCGGCACAGCGGCUCAGCUGGCACUCCCCUGGCCCCCCAAACCACCUCCCCCAAGCCUCUUACCUCGUGAUGUAGUUCCCUGUGGAAGCCCACAGUGGCACGAUGGCCACCCCGAUGGCCACGGCGGAGGGCACCAGCGUGUAGUAGCGCUCCCAGUAGUUACUGGAGAUGAAGAGGGCGUAGAUGCCAACUGCCAGGAACAUGGCCCACUUGGUGCCGAAGAACCUGCCGUGGUGAGGGAGGGGAAGACAUCAGCAGCAGUCCCAGCGUGCCAGGGGUGAGGAGCAGUGGGUGAUGGUGAGCUCCUGCCUGAUGAGGACGGGCGUGUAGAGCAGCGCGGCCACCGGGGUGACGUUGAUGCCCAUCAAGACCUUGCGGUCGAUGUCCUCCAGUUGGAUGUUGCUGUACUUCACCUCCCGGCCACCACACUCUCCAUGGUGGACAUCAGCAGCUCCGUGUCACAGCUCAGCAUGCAGCAGUCCUUUGAGCCUCCUGGGCAGCACCCGCAGAGCUAUGCCACUGGAAGUGCCACCGGGAGUGUCACUGGAAGCACCGCUGGGAGCACCACCGGGAGCAGUGGGAAGGGACCUGUCUGCAGUCCUGUGUGUGGGAACCCCUAUGCUGGGCUGGUGAAGCACCUGAGGACGAGCUGGCUGUCGGGGAGGACGCGGCCCAUGGAGUACCGCCUGGCCCAGCUGGAGGCCCUGGGACGCUUCCUGGAUGAUAAGAAAGAGGAGAUCCUGGAGGCCACUGCUGCAGACAUGGGCAAGCCAUGCUUUGAGGCUUUCUUCAGUGAGAUCCUGCUCUGCAAGAAUGAGCUCCACCAGACCCUGAACAACCUGGGCCAGUGGAUGAAGGACGAGCACGUGGACAAGAAUCUGGUGACCCGGCUGGACUCGGCCUUCAUCCGCAAGGACCCCUAUGGGGUGGUGCUCAUCAUCGGGCCCUGGAACUACCCCAUCCACCUGCUCCUGGUGCCCCUCAUCGGGGCCAUUGCUGCUGGUAACUGCGUCAUUGUCAAACCCUCUGAGAUAAGCAAGAGCACCGAGAGGCUCAUGGCUGAGACACUGAGCUGCUACUUGGACAAUGACUGCUAUGCUGUGGUGACAGGUGGUGUGCAGGAGACCACCAGACUGCUGGAGAACAAGUUUGACUUCAUCUUCUUCACCGGCAGCCCCUCGGUGGGCAGGGUGGUGAUGACAGCCGCGGCCAAGCACCUGACGCCGGUGACGCUGGAGCUGGGGGGCAAGAACCCCUGCUACGUGUCCGACAGCUGCGACGUGCGGAACGUGGCGCGCAGGGUGGCCUGGGGCCGCUUCUUCAACGCCGGCCAGACCUGCGUCGCGCCCGACUACGUCCUCUGCAGCCUGGAGAUGCAGGAGAAGCUGAUGCCGGCCCUGCGCGAGGCCAUCGCCGAGUUCUUCGGCCCCAACCCGAAGGAGUCCCCCGACUUCGGCCGCAUCGUGGGGGACAGGCAGUUCCGGCGCGUGCGGGCGCUGCUCUGCAGCGGGCGCGUGGCCAUGGGAGGACAGACGGACGAGAGCGAGCGCUACGUUGCUCCCACGGUGCUCGCAGAUGUGCUGCCCACAGACCCAAUCAUGCAGGAGGAGGUUUUUGGACCCAUCUUGCCCAUUGUUGUUGUGGCCAGCAUGGAUGAAGCCAUCGACUUCAUCAACGCCCGGCCACGGCCCUUGGCCAUCUAUGCCUUCUCCUGUGACAGCAAGGUGGUGAACCAGGUCUUGGAGAGGACAAGCAGUGGUGGCUUCUGUGGCAACGACACCAUGAUGCAUGUUACGUUGACCUCGCUGCCCUUUGGUGGCAUCGGGAACAGUGGCCUGGGGAAGUACCACGGCAAGUUCACCUUUGACACCUUCACCCACCAGCGGGGUUGCCUGCACCGCAACAUGGGCCUGGAGGCCCUCAACAGCCCACGCUACCCACCCUACAGCCAGCAGAAGCUGGGGCUGGUGACAGCCACCUUUGAGGUCAAGCGCAGGGGCAUGUGCACCAUCCUCUGAAAGGUUUGCUACACCCACCAUGGACGUGGGCAGAGGGAGAACUUCUGGCUGGGUCCUCCUCAAGGAGCAAAAUCCAGGCUGCUCCUGCUCGUCAGCACGGCUCCCCUCAUCCCCUUGCCACCUCGAUGUGUGUCAGAUGGUUGGGAUGGACAUCCCCACCCUGGCUCCUACUCUGCUGCCUCUGCUCUGGACCAUCUGCUGGGACACAUCUGGAAUGGCAAAAAAGUCUUCUUGCCCUUGCUUAGUCCUUCUUCUCCCAAUGGAGAAAUGGUCCCCACCAGGCUGAGGACCAGCAGUUAGGCUCAUCUCCUGUCAGAGGGAUCCUUCUUCCUGGAUGAACCUCACUCUCCUUCCUCCUUGUAACUCUGCCUGUAGUAAAGACUUUGCAUCGAGCCUGGUCUCUCCUCACACUUCCAUUGCCCAGUCAGGGGGGAUGUCAGACUGGAAUCUGGCCACUGACUCUGCCUGUAGUAAAGACCUUGCAUCGAGCCUGGUUUCUCUUCAUGCUUUUGUUGCUCAGCCAGGGGAAUGUCAGACUGGAAUCUGGCCACUGACUUUGCAUCGAGCCUGGUUUCUCCUCAUGCUUCCAUUGCCCAGUUAGGGGGGAUGUCAGACUGGAAUCUGGCCACUGAGCCCCAGAGCGUGACUGCACUCACCCACUCACACCAACACCCUCAGCCUCACCAUCGCCACCUGCCGGCGGCAGUGAGGUGUUUGCAGUGUUGGUAUCAUCAACCUCGUUUCUGAUGGUACCAAACUGGGAGGAGUGGACAUUCUGCUAUGGGUGCCUCUGCUUUUGCAGGGGAGUUGGACUGGAUGAUCUCCAGAGGGCCUUUCCAACCCCAUCAUGCUGAGAUUCAGA